CCUGGAAACAUAGAACAGCCCACAGAUGUAAGCCAUUACAAAAUGCCAGUUACUGUAAACUUAGGAGCUCUUGUCGAUGUUCCUUCUUUUCAGCUAACCUUUCUCCCCCUGAAGCUGCAAAACUGAGAAGCAUCUUUGUCUGAAUAUGGCAGAAACCGAAGACUUUAAAAGUCUGCGAUCAAGAUUUCAAAAAGAUGUAGAAGACAAUAAAAUCAAACUUCAUUCACCUUCCACUAAAGCCAAACCAACUAUACCCAUUAAACCAAAUGCUGGGACAACUACUAACCCAUUUUUUCAAAGACCUCUACCCAAAGCAACAUCUUCUCCAGAAUUUCCUUCAUUCUCCAGCCAAAAUCGAUUUAAAACUACAGGGAAUAAUGUACUUUCGCAUCAAAGUUUUACAAACAGAAGCAACUCAAAAGUUCAGAUUGGAACACAGGAAAAUAACUUUCAAAACAAUACUAACGCUAAGCCGACAUUACCAAUAAAACCAUUGUUACCAAAACCUGUUGCCAAACCAUUUGUGGACAUGUCUAUCAAACCCCCACCAAAAUUUAAUACAUUUACAAAGGACAAGUCUGAUAAUUUUCCCAAAUUAAAACUCUUGCCAAGUAAAGCUGUGAUUGGACCAAAACCAAACAAACCUGCACGUCCACCUUAUGUAAACUUGGAUAAAUUCAGAAAAUUUGAGGAUUUUGAGGAUUUUGGGGACUAUGUAGUUAUGAGAAGUAAUACAGAUAUUAGAAGAGAGUCUCCUAAGAUUUUUGCAUCACAUUCUCAGCCCAAUCUUGCUACCCGCUCUCCAUCACACAGCAUUCGAAAAUCAGUAAGAGAAAGUCAAGAAUUGUAUGAAGACGUUAUUCAGUUUAGUCCAUUUAGGAAAAGCAUAUCAGCUUCACUGCAAAAUUUUGUGAUACCAGAAGAUCAUACAGAUGAAACAUAUGAUGACGUAGAACUGGUUUUGGGAAGUAGAAAACCUUCAGUUAACAGUUCUUCAAGUGAAGCAAGUAUUUUGAUAACCAACUGGAGAAAUGACAUGAAUCUGAAGAAAACAGAGAAACUGGAAAAAGAAUUUAGGAAGAAAUUUCAGUUUCAUGGGGAGAUUAAAAUCUUAACUCGAAUGAUGGUUGACCCCAAUGCAGUGAUGCAAAAAUCAGGAGACAAAGACCUUUUGUUCACAAAAGGAGAAAUUAUGGAUGUGAUUCAGCUGACAAAUACAGACAAAAUAUUAUGCCGAAACUGUGAAGGGAAAUUUGGAUAUGUCCCAAGAAAAGCGUUACUUAAUCUAGAAAAUAAUAUUCAUGGCAAUACCAAGGUUGAAGAAAAAGUAUAUGAUGACACAGAACUUAUAUCCAACACAUUCCCUGCUGUUCCUGCAAAAGCACGAAAUCAGCAAAGUUAUCUUACAAGAAUGUUCCAAAGGAAUACAAGCCAAACAAGAAUCCAAAAGAAACCAGAAAUACCAAAGAGGGUGAAACCUACAAAUGAAGAAAAAGAAGCAAAGGACUUAAAAAAGAGAUUUAAGUUUGUUGGUGAAAUUAGGGUUUUGACUCGAAUGAUGGUUGUUCCAAGUGCUGGGAAUAAAAGAGGUGGAGGAAAAGAAUUACCAAUCAGCAAAGGAGAAAUACUGGAAGUUAUACAGUUCACAAAUGAUGAGAAGAUAUUGUGCAGAAAUAGUAAAAACAAAUAUGGCUAUGUUAAAAGCAGAUAUGUUUUGCAGAUUGAAAAGGAUAUUUAUGAUGAUGUCGACACCCUGCGUUCAGGAACUGCACAGCGAAGAAAUUAAGACAUUUUUUGCAAUCUUUUUUUUUAUCAAUAUUAAAAAGACAAAUCUUAACACUGAGACCUGAACAAAAAAGUCUGCAGCUCAUACAACUGUGAUAUGGCAUUAACAAAGAAAAAUGUUACGGAGUGGACUAAGUCAGUUUACAAUAUUUCUAUGGGUAGUAUUUAUGGAAAGGAUGAUGCCUUGCAAUCUCAUGGACUGGCUUAGGAGGUAUUAAAAAAAUUCUUGGAACUGCAUUUGGCCCCUAGGUCUCCAGAUGGACAUCCCUGGACUAUAUGUUUUAAAUAUAUCCAUGCUGUGUUGCAUAGAUUCACAUAAGACUGUUAUGAGAAUAUAUUAAAAUAAAUUGUUGAACUAGACCUUUAGAAGUUGUAAAAUAUAUUUCUGUACCUUGGGAAAGCCCAGUUAUAUUUUUGUUUUCAGAUUUCAUGUAAAAUGAUUGGCAGAAUUUAUCAUUUGCUUUUAUACACUAAUGUUUUACCAAUAAUGCACAACUAAAACAACUGAUUUAUUAAAAUAUCAUGAUAAUA